UUCAUGCAAGGGAAGCCUGAGGCAGACACGGCACAGCCACCGCCGAAGUUCCGGGGAAUCUCUCCGAGAAGCUCCAAAUGUUCAAUCAAAUCUCAUGACAUGAUCGGGAAUUCUGCAAAUUGAGUCCUGCAAUCAAGAGUUACAAGGCAUGAUUUGGCAAUGAUUUGAAGCGGGCGUCUCAGACCGCCUCCUUAUUGAAUAAUGGCUACGGUGCGAAUCUGCGUCUGCGGAGAUGAGGGGACGGGCAAAUCCAGCCUCAUCACCUCCCUCGUCAAGGGCGUAUUUGUUACGAACAAGAUCCAGCCUAUCCUUCCUCAAAUAACCAUCCCACCUACAAUCGGAACCCCUGAGAAUGUUACAACAACAACGGUGGUCGACACCUCCGCCUUGCCUCAGGAACGGGGCAACUUGGCGAGGGAGAUUCGAAAGUCAAACGUGAUAUUGCUGGUAUACUCCGAUCAUUAUAGCUAUGAACGAGUCGCCCUGUUUUGGCUGCCAUAUUUCCGGUCUUUGGGAGUAAACGUUCCGGUCGUGUUGUGUGCCAACAAGUCGGACCUCGCGGCGGACCAUAGUGAGGCACAGGUCAUCGAGGAGGAAAUGCUGCCAUUGAUGUCAGAGUUUAAGGAAAUCGACUCAUGCAUCCGCACCAGUGCUCGGGAACAUCGCAAUGUCAACGAGGCCUUUUUCCUCUGCCAAAAGGCAGUCACUCAUCCGAUUGCACCGCUGUUCGACACCAAGGAGUCGUCCCUAAAGCCGGCAGCCAUUGCAGCAUUGCAGCGCAUCUUUUACCUCAGCGAUAAGGACCGGGAUGGGUAUCUCUCUGACAAGGAGAUUGAAGAUUUCCAAAUGAGAUGCUUUGAGAAGUCUCUCAGCAAGGCAGAUCUUGUCCACAUCAAAGAAACUAUUCAGAAGACGUAUCCGGACUCAGUUACAGUAUCCGGAAUCGAUUGUCUGGGAUUCAUCCAUCUAAACAAAAUGUAUGCUGAGAAGGGACGCCAUGAAACCGUUUGGAUUAUCUUGCGAGCAUUCCAGUAUACCGACAAUCUCUCGCUGCAAGAAAGCUUUCUACACCCUAAGUUCGACGUUCCCCCUUUCGCAUCUGCUGAGCUGUCGCCGGAAGGUUAUCGGUUCUUUGUAAACCUGUUCCUCCUAUCGGAUAAAGACAACGAUGGAGGCCUUAAUGAUGCCGAGUUAGCAUCGCUGUUCGCUCCAACGCCUGGUUUGCCUGCCUCGUGGGUGGACAGCUCUUUUCCAUCUUCCACGGUCCGCAACGAGGCCGGCCAUGUCACUCUUCAAGGCUGGUUGGCGCAAUGGAGCAUGACGACCUUUACAUCGCCUAAAACAACCUUAGAGUAUCUGGCCUACCUAGGAUUUGAAUCGCCUGACCGAAGCAACCUAAACACGACGGCUGCCUUGAAAGUCACCCGACCACGAAAACGGCGCCGGCGCCCUGGAAGGGUUGGUCGUAAUGUUGUCCUUGGCCAUGUUCUAGGCCCUGCAGGAUCCGGUAAGUCGGCGCUUCUCGACGCAUUCCUUUCCCGUGGGUUCAGCACUCCAUACCGUCCUACGAUCCAGCCCCGAACUGCAGUGAACACGGUCGAAUUACCGGGUGGUAAGCAAUGCUAUUUGAUACUGGAUGAGCUCGGUGAGCUUGAGCCCGCGAUUCUCGAGAACCAGGCAAAGCUACUGGAUCAAUGCGACGUGAUUGCAUACACAUACGAUUCGUCCGACCCGGAUUCUUUUGCCUACAUCCCAGCACUGCGGUCUAAAUAUCCACAUCUGGAGGAGGUUCCUAGUGUGUUUAUCGCUCUUAAGGCCGACUUGGAUCGAACCACCCAACGGGCCGAAUAUCAGCCACAUGAAUACACGGCCAUGUUGAACAUGCCCAGUCCUCCACUCCAUGUUAGUGCUACAUGGAGUUCCAUCCAGGAGGUGUUUGUUCAUAUCGCAGAAGCAGCCAUGGAGCCUAGUACUGCCUUUCCCCGAAGCGAAGAAGACGUUGAGGGCAAGUGGAUGGCGUGGGGGAUUGCGCUGGGGGCGGUGGUCUGUGCCAGCGCUGCUGCAGUGAUGAUCUGGCGAAGAGUGAGUGGCGGUGGGACCUAGAGAGGUUGAUUUGUCAUUCUAGGUACAAGAGUUAUGAUUUAUAUACCCACUGGGCUUUUCAUUCGAGCAAGGAUGUUUCGACGGUAUGCGUUUUAUCAGCAUCUAUAUAGCAGCGUCAUAUUGAAUCAAUGCCUCCUAAGGCCUUUAACUAAUUAUGAAGAGAUUUCAUGUAGCAAGCCACUUAGACAAUUUGUAUCUACUGUUCAUCCCACCUGUCAGAUGAAGUAACGGACUAGUAUUGGGAAUGCGCUUGGUCACAUAGUCUGGC